GUGGGUGAUGUUUUCGUUUUCGUGGUGAGCGCGGAGCUUGGUUGUGCCGCAUUUAUUUAUUUAUUAAAUGUUGUGAACAACAGCGGAUUAUUUCGAACGCAAAACAAAUGGUACACCGAAGUUAAUUGAUCCAGAGGAGGAAGGUAAGGGAAAAAUGCAAACCAAACAGCAUCCGCCGGAGAAGAACGGCAGCAAAGAGGAUGAUGAUGGACAACAAUCACACUCACAACAAAAGCAACAGACGCAACAACAGCAACAAAUUGGCCUGACCACUAAGGUGGCUCUUGGUCGGCUUUAUGAGGAGAUUAAUAAGGUUCUGAAAGAAUAUGAACAGCAUUAUGCCAGCGAGAGCUAUUACCGAAAAUUGCGAGCCGCCUUUGUCAAGCGAUACGAAAGCCCCCUGGGCUUUCUGUCUAUUGGAACGACUGUGAUGACAGCCUGUGCAUUGCUAAUCACUGGGAUGUUCUGGCCAGCUGUCGCUUUGCUUGGAAUUCUAGCUCUGGACUUAAUUGUCGUGAUAAGGGAGAAUAAUUUACGGCGUACAGAAAUCAUACGCAAAGGAUUUGAUGCUCUCAGUGAGAUUCAAUUGGCUGAGGAGCAAUUCAGCGGGGAUUGGAACACUUUCAAUUAUCCACAUUUAAGUAAUCCCAUGUCACCCUGUGUGUCGCUGCAGUGGACAUAUCGGGAUGGCAUUAUAGUGAAUUUACCGUGGGCCCUGCUGGUAAAGGGAGAUUACAUUGUCCUACGGCCCGGUCAUAUUUCACCGGGCCCCUGUCACGAAGUGGAUACGCAAAAGUUCUUCAAUUCAAAUGAAAUCUAUGGAGCCUCUCAGAUGGGUGAUCCACCCGUCAAGCCUGUGGCCAGAGCGCCUCUACCCGACUUAGUAUGCUGCUUGGAAGAGACGCCUUACUUGAACAAUUUAAAAAUCUGUCUAAAGAACUCACUGAAACGGCCACCCACCAUAUACAACCAACAAAGAUAUCUACUGGUCACCAAGUACAUUCAACAAUGGGGCUUCAUUAGUUCCUUGAUAAUUACCUUAAUUUUUGGCUUAGUGCAUUUACAUGGCUACGGACUGCCCACGGAUGUUAAGCACAACUGGCGUUUUGUCCUCAUCGAGUCACCUGCAGCGGCAGUUAUCCCUCUAUUGCCGUUGAUCUUUCCUUUGAUGUGGAUUGCCAUGAAUCUGUGGGGCAUAGCUCGAUUGCAAUGUUUCCUAAAGACGCCACAGGCUGUGCUUGAGAAACAAGCGUCCAAGUCGUUUGAGGAGGACCUGGACACUCCUUCCUAUGACUAUGAAAAUGUGUCGCUGUUGCGUUCAAAUGUUUUGCGCAUUUGGCUUCAGUUGUGGAAGGGUGAUAGUGAACUAUUGCCACGUUCUGCCAAUUUAGUACAAGUUUUGGGAUCCAUUUCGGCUUUGUGCUGUGUGGACAAGAAGGGGAUACUGUCGUGGCCCAAUCCCACUGCCGAGAAGGUUUUCUUUUUGCACAAUACCGAUGAGGAGGUCAAUCUAGAAGAUGGCACACACAGUCAGUCAUCGGGGGACACAGAAAGUGAUGAUUUGCCCGAUGUGGAUGUGGAUGAGGAUCACAAGGAGCGUGGCAUCGUUGCCGAGGUUUUGGAUUUGACACACGAUCAGCAUUGUCCAUUCCGUUUGGAGUUCGAUGAUCAUGAGUGGAAGGCACAUAUAAAGUCACUAAAGCCUCUAGGUCUGGCCAUACUUCUCAACACCUGCUCGCCGUUAACCCAUGAGCACUAUGCCCAAUUCUGUGGUCAUGUCACUGCUGUGGCUAUGCUUGAUAAAGAUUUGGUUCCCGUCACAAAUCGGUAUGCAUCGUAUGCCAUUAUUGAAACCAGUAAAAGCUUUUUGCAUGGACGCUGCCUGUGCGAACUGGCCAAACAAAUUGGAUUUACUGAUCAUGCGACCGAUCGAUUUGCUCUGGAGGGACAAUUGGCCAGCUAUAGGCAUUUGCAACCAGAUGUGGUUCGUCGAGACAUACGAUUCGCUCGCCAAUUGCAGCUGUCGUCCAAGGUGAAGGUUCCCUUUCCUCACUCCCUGUCGGUAGUGAUGCGAGAGAAUCCUGGCGGUUAUUUAUCACUUUUCACCCAAGGAACAGCGGACAUUAUUUUAGAUUGUUGUGAUGAUUUCUGGGAUGGCAAAGAUUUGCGUCCGCUCUCGCCGCAAGAUCGGAAACGUGCAUUGGAUUUUUAUCAGCGAAGUGCAUUGACCUCCUACUGCACGGCAUUUGCAUAUCGUCCUCUGCGCUGUGGCAUUCAAGGAGCCUUAAGUGGCCCACAUGGAAAUGGAGGAGCCAUAGCGUAUUUGGAACUGCCUCCAGAAUCGAAAUUGCGUAUGCAGCAUGUGGACAAGACACAUUGCGAUUUCCAGGGUGGCCACCAUGUUAAGCUUAGUCAUAGCAUAAGCACCGAUUCUCUGCUGUUCUCGGAGAGCAAGGAUGAGGACUGCAGCGAUGUGGAGGGAUGCUUUGAGAUGCAGUGCCAUCAGGUUUUCAUUGGAAUGGUAACCAUGCAGUAUCAGGCACAAAACGAUAUUGUUCAACUGGUGGAACGUUUGGAGAGGGCCUGCAUACGUUUUGUACAUUUCAGCAAGGAGAAUGAGUUGCGUUCGCGUGUUUUUUCAGAGAAAAUGGGCCUCGAAUCGGGCUGGAACUGUCAUAUAUCGCUGCUAAGCGAACCAGAGCCAGAUAAGGAUAAAGACAAGGAGAAAGACAAGACUUGCAACGAUGCGGAACAAAGCAAGUCACCAAAAAAUGCUGGUAAAAGUCAUGUCACCACCACCACAACCACAACCACUACUACCACCACCACUGUCCACACCAAUACCACUGAUUCUAUUGAUAAUUCUGACACUCAUCUUCCCAGUGCCAAAGUCAUAAACAUACUGCCCCCCGCACCCGUAACUGCAUCAACAAGUGAAGCAUCUCCUGAUCUUGUAGGUGAUCACCAUCAGCACCAGCAACAGGGGGAGAAUGAAGUUACCCCCGAUUUAAAUUAUUUGCUGGGUCCUCCCACCAAUUUGGAAUCUUCAAAAACUCUCAGCUCUUCGGCUCCGGGAGCCAUAUCAAAUCCUGAUGAUUGCCAGACCCUGGACUCAACUGCAGCAGGCGAAAACGAGGUGAUCGAUAAAAACAAAGACAACUCGGAUGAAUCCUCGGAAAUCGAUAAGGGUGAGCAGGAUCUUGAGCAGCAGCAAUCAGAUCCAGAGCGACAAAAGAUGCGGCACUCAUUAGACUCGGCAAUGGAUGAGAACUGCCGCUCCAUUAGCACUCUAACCGAGAGUACUGACCAGAGUGCACCCAUUAAUUUCGAUAUGUCCAAUCGGGCCAAGUUGCCGCGUGGCAUAGAGAACAUACGCCCCCAUUUGGAGCAAGUGGACAAUGUUCCACUCCAGGUCUCUCUUUUCACCGACUGCUCCGCCGAGGCCACUCGUCAGAUGUUGGAUAUAAUGCAAUCGUAUGGUGAAAUAGUUGUCUGCCUGGGCAGCUCGGCAAGCAACGCCAAUGCGGAUAUCUUUUUGCAGGCUGACUGUAGCAUUGCUGUGGAGCCCUUAUAUCCACAGGUCUGUCAGGAUACGGAUGCCUAUACGGAGGCCAAUAUACAAAACAACAAACUCCAGUGGCAACGUCAAUGCAAGGGCAAGGGCAAGCAAUCAGAUGAUGAGCAAUUACUGGAAGGCGGCUUGCUGGGAGCACGUGCCAUGCAGUCACCCGGCCACACAGUAUCUCCGAUCUAUUUGAGCCGCCUUCUAAACUCACUGCCAUGCUCAAUAGCGGUGUGCCGCGACGACCCGCUUUCACUGGUGGCCAUAAUUGAGCUGUCACGACGCUUCUCACUGGGCCUGUGGAAUUGCAUACAAUAUUGGGCCUGCUGUGCGGGCUCCAUUUCCAUAUUGAAUGUGCUCUGCGCGUGCCUGUCGUUGCCGCCGCUGAUCACCCCCCUGUUGGCCAUCUACCUAAUGUGUAUUCCAGUACCAUUGAUAGCCAUCUCAUUGGCUCACAUUGAUGUCGAUCCAAAAAUAAUGAAUCGUGCCACAAGCAAAAAGCAAACCGACUACGAUUCUCAUGCAUUUGCCUUUGUCUUGUGGUGCUAUGGCUGUAAAUUUCUUACUCCUGUUAUUGCUAUGCUCAUUGCCUAUUGGUUAUGCUUAGCUCAGACCUCCAGUGUGGUUUCUAAAGAAUUUGCUAUGGAAAACAUUGAAUCACAUGAAUAUAAUGAUGAUGAAGAUGAUGAUUAUGAUAAUGCCAAUGAUGCGGAAUUCUAUAAGUAUCUGUAUGUAGCUCGAAGUACCGCAUUGUUAGCCAUUCUCUUGCAUUUUGUUUUUGUAUCCAUAUCGUUUGUUCAUCGCGAUCAUGCGCUCUGGCAACGUAAUCCUUUUCGUAAUCGCAUUUGGUCUCUAACCUGUUUGGGAAUACUUGUCAUACAUGGCCUAAUCUGUGGCACUCAACUGAUAAUCGAUGAUUUUAUGCAAGAGCAUCUAACGAAUUUGUGGCCAGCCUUAAUUGUGCUUUUUGGGAGUAGCUUACUAAGCCUUCUGAUCAGUGAAUUGGCUAAAUUUCAGGAGAACAAAGUGAAUGCGCGGUAUCAGCGACGAGCGCGUCUUGAUUUCGGCACCAAACUGGGAAUGAAUUCGCCAUUCUAAAAUAGAGAAAGCCCACCUGAAUGUGUUAUCCAAAAAGUACUUAGUGCCAAGCCUGUAUAUAACAAACGAAUCCAUGUGCUUUUUAUUGGGUCAGCAAGCCAUAUCUUGGAGGUGCUUGAUGACAGGUGCUCUUGCAGCUCUUUCCAAACAUGGCGUAUCCCAAAUGCAUUUUGUUUUCCCAUCUUAAUUUAAGAGCCAUUCUUUAUUUUCCUGAUUUAAUUUAGUUUCAUUUUGUUUGUGUUUUGUUCUUUGUAAACUUUGUUUUAAUUGCUGACACCCACCCACACAUUUGUAUCAUUAUAAGCUUUUCGGUCACCGGAAUUUCCCACAUUGUCUUGUUCGUUAUGAUAAAAAAACGUUCGUGUACUAACAUUUAAAAGACUUGCAAUUACUGUAUGAAAUAUACUUAUCUAUAUAUAAAAAGGAAA